AUGAAGCUGGACAAGAGCUCUGCCGCCGAGUAUCUUGUGCGCCGGUACUUGUCCGAGGCAGACCAGUUAUCUCUGAUUAUUGACGAGUAUCACCGCCCCGCCCUUGUCCAAUUCUCCGCUGGUGCCGAGGAGGGUGCUCAACCGACGGUUGGGGACCAGAUCCAGUUCCAGUCAACCCUCCACAUGGCUUUGUGGUUAUUAGAUGUCGCCCCGGAUAGCCCAGUGUAUCACUCUGUAAUUACUCGGUAUCUCGCUGCACCCAAGUACCACCGCAGCUCUACUUGGAUUCUUGGUGUCGACGUGGUACCUGAGGAACGAAAGGAAAUAGUGUUUGUUAGCAAUGUUCAAACUCUCAAGUUGACUGUGCCGUCGAGUCAAACUAGGGAUGAGAUGAUCCAGCGAAUGCUGCCGACCGCGAAUGAUCCAAGGUCGCUGCCGAUUGUUUUUAAACUUGAUUCCGCCGGCUGCUACAGGGGUAGAAUUGCUAUUCCUGGAUACAUUAGCAAACCACCAGUCGUACCCGAGAUCCGUAAUCACUCUACAAAACCAGCCCUGAUAUUUGAGUUGCUAGAACAGGCGGACCCUGUUUUUGAGACGGCGAUAGUCCACUCUGCCAAGGUUUAUGUCGGCAAGCGCGAAACUGAGCCACGUCGCCUUCCACCAAGGAGCAAUGUAUCCUCAUCCGAUAUAAGGACAUUUGAAGCCAACAUAUUUUCCGUCACUGGCGAAGAGAUUGUCUCCUCACUCCGUGCGUUUGGGCAGGUUCUGCACGACACCAUAGAUACGGUUACCCGUGACUUCCGCGACCGAUUUGAUUUUUCCGAGUAUUGUACCUUGCUGGACAUUUGUCGGGGUGAUGGACAGUGGGUCGCGAUUGUAAACUCGUUGUGUGACAAGAGUCAUAAACGUAAAUAUGAUGAUGCUCUAUAUAGACGGAUGGCACAAUACGCAACAAGGAACGACCCAAAUGGUUUCUGCAAGUUUGUGGACUCGGCCUCCAGUAUCUACAUUGAACGCCGCGUCGACGUGUGGGCUGCUUUACUAGGUCUUGACCAGGACAAUCCAACCAAGGCAGACUUAUUUCGGGCUGUGAAGACCAUGAGGCCUCCUGAGGAUGAAAAGGACGAUCCGGGUGAAACUAAGAUCAAGAUCAAAAAGGGCAAGCGACGUGUGGGUCCAAAGUUAGCGGCGACCAUACCGGUGGCGACGGAUCUUACGUACAACAAUGAGAUUUUCACUCUGAAUUUCCGGGGCAAGCAGAUCAAGUGGACAACCCAGCAGUUUCAGCAGUGUACCGGUGCGACUCAGAUGCGGAUGGAACUAUAUCAAGUGCCCAGGUCUGCCAUGGAGGCCCAGAAGCUAAUGAUUGAAAGCCUGGUAAAAGUCGCUGUUCAGACGAGUGGACGUACACUCUCUGUAGAUAUAGACAAGAACUUUGGCGAAUCUGCGAUGACAGAAAGUUAUGAGGAUCUAGACAGGGACGCACUUGCCGAGAAGUACGACUCGGAUCCUGAAGUCACCAGGAAGUGGAUCUCAAUACCAUCACGUGCCGCAUCGAAGAUUAGAGAGUUUGAGCUGAACAAGGAGUUCCCGCCGCUAGCAUCUAAAAAGGUGGUGGGUGGUACCAUGCCAUACUACAAACGAGUCGACAACAAAAUCAGCUAUUUCUCGAAUGGAGUAACUACCACUGUGGCCGAGGGCGAUCAUAUCAGCUCGAUGGUGGGGAAUCUCGUCUGCCUCUCGGCUGCGGCGGGCUUUUGGAACAACUGUGACGCAGCUGGAUUUUGCUGGGGUGGAGUGUAA